AUGGAUGGCACAGAUGAAUUUGAGGGAGACUACUAUGGAAUUUACAAUGAGGACAAGUUAGAAUGGCCUGCUGAGCAGGCAACUGAUAGUGACUUGGAUGAGGCGACCAAUAAUGACUUGGAUGAUAAUUUCCUCUUCAAACCUGAAUGGGAGGCACCCUCGCUACCUCAUGCUGAGCAAGAUCACAGCUUACUAGAUGACAUGCCUGCCUUCGAACACGACAAGUCAGAGGAUAUUCAACGGAAUGCUCAUCAAGACGUUGAGGAGUGUGCACAAGGCCAGCAUGAUGAGAACAUAUACUAUCCUUUUGCUUCCAAGAUUGAAUGGGAGGUUGCAAGAUGGGCGAAGCUUCAUGGAGCGAGUUUGACAGCAUUUUUGGACUUGCUAUCCAUUGACGGAGUUGAACAAAUUGUUGUUGCAGGAGAAUCUUUUGAUGUCUAUCAUCAUGACAUCAUUGAAUGUAUCAAGUCAUUGUAUGGCGAUCCUGACUUCGCAAAAUACCUUACAUUUACUCCUGAGCGCCAUUAUGCUGAUGAAGAUCAGACCGUUCGUCUGUUCCAUGACAUAAAUACUGGGAAAUGGUGGUGGAACACACAGAAAAAACUCGAUCAGCAAUGUCCAGGUGGAACCAUCAUUCCGAUUAUCAUCUCAACAGACAAAACACAAGUCACAUUGUUUCGCAAUAAGACCGCAUACCCCGUAUAUCUCACAAUCGGUAAUAUUCCAAAAGAAAUCCGGCGUAAACCUUCACUUGGUGGUCAUAUCCUUCUAGCCUAUCUACCAAUGACCCGACUGGAACACAUCACCAACAAGGCUUCACGCCGUCGGUCUAUUGCAAACCUGUAUCAUGCGUGCUUGAGCCGUGUGCUUGCCCCUUUGCAACAUGCUGGAUUAGAGGGUGUCAACAUGCGCAGCGGCGAUGGUGCUCUUCGCCGCUGCCAUCCGUUGUUCGCGAGCUUUGUCGGUGACUAUCCCGAGCAACUCCUAGCUACCGGUAUCAAGUUUGGCGAGUGCCCGAAAUGUGACGUCGACGUGGACAACAUGGGAAGUAAUACAGUACCACUUCACUUACGAAAACUCAGUGAGGUGCUGGAUGCACUUGCAGCACUCGAUCAAGGAAAUCUCGCCUUUGUUCGUGCAUGCGCUGCAGUGGGAAUCAAGCCCGUUAUACAUCCUUUCUGGGAGAAUCUCCCUUUCGCAAAUAUUUUCCAGGCUGUCACACCUGAUGGUUUGGUAAAAUACCUUUUGGGAUGGCUCAAGGGUAUCACCACCUUAUCACGUAUGUGCCGAUUCCUCCUCGGCAUCAUAAUCGAUAUUCGCCUCCCCAACAAUCUUAAUACAGGUCGUCUUCUACGAGCAGUACGCGGGCUACUCGACUUCCUAUACCUUGCGCAGUACCCGUGCCAUAGUUCUGAGACACUUCAGUCAUUAGACGAGGCACUAGAUCUUUUUCAUGAAAACAAACUCAUUUUCAUCGACCUUGGCAUUCGAAACAAUUUCAACCUCCCGAAGUUACACGCUGCUCGACACUAUCCUCUGAUGAUCACGCUGUUCAGCACAACUGAUAAUUACAACACGGAGGAGAAGAUCCUACGCCACCAAAAAUAUGUUAGUUGGCGACUCGCUGAUGGCCACCAGUCUGAUCCUUACCAUUCACGUCCACCUGAUAUGACAUUCAGCCGCGAGCAAGUCAUGACGAAACACCCCAGUGCGAAGGCUGUCAGCCUCCAAAAACUGGUUGAAGACUAUGGCGCUACUCACUUUCGUGAGGCCCUUGCACGCUACAUUGCUCAGCAGAGUCGAGGCAAUCAUUCUGCACCUCUCCGUGGUCAAGCACUUGAUGUGCUGGCACACGACAUCCAUUUUCCAUUCCACCGACUGCCUGUCUUCCAUAACAUCAAGUGGUGCUUGGUCGAUGCCUGUGACCAUGGCGAGGCACGUGUCACCUUGGACAGUGUCCAUGCAAAACCACAACGGAGGCUGGGCUCUCGUUUGGUUGCUCGCCGAUCCGAUACAGCUCUGGUGAGCCUCGGUGCAGAUACAGAUGAUCUUCAAGUCAUCUUUUCCUUACCACCAAAAUCAAUACCACUGUUCUUCCCGCCAACAGUCCGCGUUCCUACUCACCUUGCAUAUGUGGAAUGGUUUACACCAUUUUCGCCUGCUCCUGACCGAAACAGUGGACUCUAUAAACUCUCGAGAUCUCUGCGUGGUGGUGACAGAGUGGCGAGUAUUGUAUCAGUGGCGGAUAUCGAGCGCAGUGUGCACCUUAUACCAAGGUUUGGUGUCAUGGCCCCGCAAGACUGGAUGAGUGACACAGUGCUUGAGGAUUGUGACACCUUCUGGUUAAACCCGUACAUAGAUCGACAUACUUUUUCAAAAUUCAGAUAA